CCUGUUUGUACAACGUCAAAGAGUCAUGGCGAGCACGCUGUGGAAAUGCGUAGGUAUCUAUAAACAGAUAUCUAUAGUAAACAGAGUGACUUCUGUUGCCCUACUAAGAAUGAUGUCAGCUCCAACAUAUGAAGUUGACAAUCAGCGUGAAUUUGUUCUUUGGUAUGAAGAUAUGCCAGAAGUGCAAAGCCUAAGUGAAGACAGGAGGAAGAUAUUUGACCUGAAGUAUGCCAGCCAGAGGGAUUUGAACAAAGUAGACAUACAUCAAAUGAUGCAAAAAUUACAGAAGACACCAUCUGACACUGGAUCAACAGCAGUCCAAGUUGGUGUGCUUACUCUAAGAAUUCGUUAUCUUAACGAGCACAUGAAAAUUCAUAAGAAAGACUUCUCUUGUAAGCGUGUGGUGCAAAUGAUGGUUGACAAAAGGAGAAGGCUUUUGAAGUAUUUGAGAAGGACUGAUCUUGGUGGCUAUCAUAGUCUUCUUGAACAAUUGAACAUUCGGCCUAUAGUUGACAGAAAAUACCCAACAUGAAAAUAGAAUUAUGUUGAGCAAUAAUUGCGAAUGAAAACAAAGAUGUUAUUUGUUGCAUUAUUGUGUAUUGAACUUGUUUCAGUUUAGUAAUAAAGCAAUGGUCAAGCCAUGAAAAGUAAGACAUAAACUGCCUUUUCAUUACUGUUGCAACUGGCUUUGCUUGGAUUUUGAAUAUCGGCAAAAGCAUUACAUGGAAUGGCUGCAGUAGGUUGAAGUGUACAGUACUUAGUUAUAACAAUUUAUUGUGAAUAAUAGCAAAUGUUUAUCUCUAGAUUGUA